AGACACGGACAAGAGCUCCCAAUUCAAGCAUUUUUCGUAAAUUUUAGACAGUUUCAUUUUUUGACGUCCGAUAAAAGCCUAUUCGUGUAUGUGCAAUAGCCUGAUAUAAAUGUCAGCGGCUUAACCACACUUAAAUGCGCUAUUGUUCUGUGAUUUAUAUUAUGAUAUUUGUACUACGAAUUGCUACGAAAUUGCUGUAUAAUUUUAAUAACAAAGGCAACGCAAAAGGUUGCAUGAUAUUUAGGAGACAGUUUUGCAGUCCAAAAAUGACAUCAAACCUUAUUUGGAUAGAUAUGGAAAUGACCGGCCUGAACAUAGAAAAAGACAAAAUUCUUGAAUUUGCAUGCAUUAUUACUGAUAAGAAUUUGAAUAUUAUAGCAUCAACAAAAAAUUACAUAAUUCAUCAACCUGAGGAUGUACUUCGAUCAAUGAAUACAUGGUGUAUGAAGACGCAUGACCAAAGUGGUCUUAUAAAUGCUUGUCUCCAAUCCAAAUUAACUGAGAAGGAAGUUGAAGAUGAAGUAAAGAAAUUUUUAGAGCAACACACUGAGAAGAAUCAAUGUCCACUGGCUGGAAACAGUGUUUAUAUGGACAAAUUAUUUCUGAUAAAAUAUAUGCCAGAUUUAGCAGAUUUUUUACACUACCGUAUAGUAGAUGUUUCAACGGUGAAGGAGUUAUGUCGUAGAUGGAAUCCAUCAAUCUUCUGGAAAGCUCCUGCCAAAAAAUUAGUUCACAGAGCCCUGGAUGACAUUACAGAGAGCAUUGAAGAACUCAAAUACUAUAAGAAAUUCAUGUUUGUGCAUACCAACGAGAAAAAAGAGACGGAAUAGAUGCAUCAGCAAAUUUUCUCUUUAAUGUUCUCUACACAAAAAUAAAGAUUAAGAUAGUUUUUCAAAAACUCUUUCAAAAA